AUGGCGGGUUCAGGGAAGGGAGGAAGAGACGGCGGCGACGGUCGUUUUGGUGGAAGAGGAGGACGAUUUGGUGGUGGCGGCGGUGGUGGACGAUUUGGUGGUGGCUGUGGUCGAUUUGUGUCUCUCCGCUACAAGCUUCUCGGUGGUCUUGCUGUUCGUAGGAAGGAAGUAAAGACAACGGGGAAGAAUGAGGAGCAUCAUUUGUGGAAGAAGAAUGAAUCUGCUGGGUCAGGGCAGCAAGCAAACUCUGUUGGAGCACAACAUGAGAGACUUGUUGAUAGAUUCAGAGAUACCAUUCAAGAUGCCUCAGGGUUUGGUCAGAGGAACUACCUACCAGUGUGUUUGCAAGAUCAGAUGGUAGCUCAUUUGUGCUUGAGGUACAGAACAGAUUUAGAAGAGUAUGAUGAUGGAGAAGGUGAAGGCUUCAGAUCUUUUGUUGCUGUGGAGAGCUUGAACGUGAGUGUUGCUGCUGGUUUCUUUCUUCAUCACUUGAUAGGCAACAAAGCAAGUGUUUGA